AUGUCUGAAUCUUCAAGAGCUACAAGACAUAUGCUGAAAGCGACAUACGAUGGGAACUUAGAGGACUAUAACAAAUGGGUUAGUCGAGGAGCUGAUAUUGCGGGUACAGACAAGAAAGGACAGAACGCUCUACACUUCCUUGUCAAACAGGGCAAGUUUCCAACGUUACAACAAAUACUUAUCAGUCGACCGGAAGUGCAUCAUUUGGUCAACAAGGUCGACAAUAAAGGAUGGUCACCGCUUCACCUGUGUUGUAUACAACAUCCUGUUGAACUUCGAACACUUGAAUCAUUGCUGACCAUAGGCGGAAAUCCUAACAUGGAAAAUAAAUGCGGUACCUGUAAGGAUCUCGUGGACAAUGAUGCCAAAGAAUUUCUGCAUUGGAGGAAACGUCAUCAGAACGGAUUGCCGAGAGAUAUCAAGAUCCUCCCAAACGAAUACAUUGUUAACUACAUGAGAAAAUUUGGCCACCUUGGUGAUGAUUUCACAGUUACGUAUGACAGAAUCCUAGAGGAAGGGCAAGUCACUCUCAUCAACAUCCAGAUAAUCGUAACAGGUACCAAGGGUGUAGGGAAAACCUCCCUGUUACAGUCUAUGAUGGAAUUGAAAGUCAAGAAAAAUGGUCAAAUUCCAACUAAAGGCAUUCAGAUGUUUCACAGGAGAUUCACGAUCGACUUAAUGGAUGACAGUAAAACUGACAAUGGAGAGGAAUCAGAAUAUGCCAUAGGCUUGCAGCAGUUUGUGGACAGUGUACUCAAGAAGAUGCAAGAACCUUCAAGAAGUGAGAGCACCUGGCUAAAGCGACACCUGUCUACGUCGGCUGGAACUAGGAAGGAAGGUGUUAUGUCGAAACGAGGAUCAAGCUCAAGCGAGAAAGCGAUUUUGUCAAUAUUGGACUUUUCUGGCGAUGAGGUGUACGAGAAUAUUCAGCACUUGUUUAUGACAAGUCACGGUGUUUAUAUCCUAGUGUUUUCAUUACAAUCCUACCCACAGCUGGUCCAGAUGCUGGACGAUGUUUACACUCGACUACGGUACAUUUCCCUUUACGACAAGAGCAAAUCUCAACCGGCUAUUAUAUUAGUGGGAACUAACCUUGACCGUGUUCCGGAUUCGUCAACGAAAUACAAAUCAAUGCAGACAGAAAUUUGGGAACAUCUCAGAGAACAUUCUGAACUUGGGAAAUUUGUGCGUGAACACGUGCAUGGGAUGUUCCUUGUGAACAACCUUGAUUUAUUGCAAGGAGUAAGAGACAGGAUAUGGCAAACAAUUGUGAAUGCAGCCAUGCGCGAACAAAAAUGCCAACAGGAUAUCCUUGCUAGAUGGUUAGCUCUUGAGCGAGAGGUCUUCCGCUAUAAUGCCAGUGGUCACAGAGUGAUGACAUUUGGAGACCUAUGUACAGUUGCAAAAGAAAUGGCAGUCCCCAUACAUAAUGAUGACCAAGUGAAGGACUUUCUCAGAUUUAUGUGUCAGAAGAAAUCUAUCCUGAUAUGCAAUAAGCUGUCGUCCAUCACAUCACACGAUCCCAUUGUGGUGGAUACAAAGUGGCUGGUGAAUCGAGUAGUCGAACUCUUAAAGGUCCAACAGCCAUACGUAUCUCCAGAGUUUGUAGAAAGCUUUAUGGAAUGUGAAACGAAAGGAGAAACAACAAAAACGAAAAGGAGUUUCAUGACAGCUAUAUCUCGCCUGUUCUUGAUAGCUGAACCUCUUCCGGAAAAGACGAAGAACAAGACAAGCUGCUACGUUCUGACUUCCAUGCUUCCACCUGUGAAUGAUCAGCUUAUGGUAUCAGGUCUGAACGAGAUGAAUAAGAUUUCAACCUUGUGCUUUAUUUCAAAGGAACACUUCAUCCCAUCUGCGGUUCGUGACAAACUUUUGACGAUGUGCAUUAAUAGGUUUGAGGUACUUUCUGACCCUGUUUCUCAGAAGAGAUUGCUGUAUAGAUAUAUUGGCGGUUUUAUUGUGAAUCCUGGAGUCACAUUUGCCUUGCAGUCCAACAAUUCGACAGUCAAAGUGGCUCUGUUUUCAUGUCAAGAUUCCGUAAUAUAUGCCGGGAUCGGGGGCAUCAUUCGGGAAGCGUUGGAAGACCUUUUAGAUGAUCGAUCGAAAUAUGAAUGUCACCUUCUUUAUGAGGAUGGUUCACGGGAAAUCUUCUUGCAAGUCAGUGAUGAAGGAUUAAUGAAUCCGAAGACAGUUUCUCCUCAUCAAGAUCCAUCUCAGGACGUGGCCAUUUGGUUUGGGAAAAUCCAACAGGUAAAUGAUGAAAGACAAAUAUAAUCCUAUAACAUACAACAAUUGUUGAAACAGCGACAAGAUUUCGAACUUAGUCCAAGGCGGCUGAGUCAUGUAGCGAAACAUAUUGGAAAUAGCUAUGCUGUUGUGUUUGCCUCCCUUGGAUUAGAAGCCACGGUCGUGGAGAAGGAACGAUACCAGCACAAAAAUCUUGACCUCCGCUCACAGCUAACGAAAGUACUUCUACGUUGGAGAGCUAUGCAGAAAGAUGCUGCUUCCCUUAAGAAAAUUGUGGAAGCGAUGAAAAUGAAUUGCAUUCCAUACGAGGAGAUGCUUCUAGAUCCGGUCUGGACUGGUGAUACAACGGUGAAAGAUAUCGAUACAACUGUCGUUCCUGGUAUCGAUCUGUCCAGCUCCCCUACAAGUGAUGAUCUGGCGGUGAUCGCUGGAAUAGUAGGAUCCAGUUUUCUCGUGUUUUUCCUGGAUCUCGAGGUUGAUUAUCUCGACAUUCAGAAAGCAAUGGAACUCCAUCGACGUCAGAGUGAGAAGGCUUUGGCAAUGUAUCUGCUAGAAGUCUGGGGACAAAGGUUUGGGAGCAAGGCGACAUUUUAUUGUAUCAUAUGUGCAAUGAAUGAAACCAAUUUGGAUACGUCCCAGCUGAAACUUAUAAACCCUCGUAGCAGCCAUUGUUAA